GCAGCUUUCAAAUACAGGUCAGUCCGUCGACGUGAGAUCAACCGGUGACAUGAUGGACACCGGACCGACGUAUGUGAGGGAAAACACACCGCUCCUCAGUGCGUCGAUGCGCGCGGACGAAGACCGGUACUACAUGGGCCAGGACAAGCGUGCCUUGCUGAACACGGCAGAGAGCGGUCUAUCCACGGUGGAAGCGGCGCGGCGGCUCAAGCAGUUUGGACCGAACGAACUUGUGGAUCCAUCGCACAAGGUUACACUCGGGGUGAAGUUCCUUCGACAGUUUAGCACGCCCACCGCUGUGUUGCUUUGGAUUGCCAUCGCGGCAGAGAUGGCGAUGUCUGAUGUCCCGGAUCUCGCUGGCAUCAUGUUCCUUCAGCUCGUGACAGGGGUUGUCGGCUGGUUCGAAACGCUCAAGGCCGAGAACGCGGCGACUGCCUUGAAAGCAUCACUGAAGCCAGAGGCUCAAGUGAUUCGAGAUGGAGUGCACCAGACGAUUAAUGCUUCUCUUCUCGUGCCCGGAGACCGAGUCACAUUGUCGAGCGGAUGUGCGGUGCCUGCUGACUGCGACCUCUGCGACCAAGGCGGCAACCACAUUCUUGUCGACGAAGCCAUGUUUACGGGGGAGACGUUUCCGUCCAUGUUGGGUGCUGGCGACACCGUGAAAAUGGGUACCCUCGUCACGCAGGGAGACACGGUUGAAGCCAUCGUGUCGGGCACCGGAAGCCAGACCUUCCUCGGCCGCGUACACGCAUCCAUGCCGGCUACAUACAAGCAAGAAGCCGGCAUGUUGCACCCGAUGCUGGUCGAAAUCACCCUAGUCUUCACUGCGCUGGCGCUUGUCCUCGUCGGCGUGUGCGGUGGCAAUUUGUUGCUUCAUGGACACCCCGUCUUGGACUCGAUCGGGAUCAGCGUGCUUCUCUUUUUGCUGGCCGUCCCCUUGAGCUCGUCGCAAGUCGUGUCGUCAUCUCUGGCCAUCGGGUCGCGGCACCUCUCGGAGGCCAAGGUGCUGGUCACGCACAUAACAGCUAUCGAGCGGCUAGCGUCGUUGUCGCUGCUGUACGUGGACAAGACGGGAUCGCUCACUCGCAACAAGAUGGAGCUGCAGGACGAGCUCCCAAUCUUCGCGCCGCACACGACGCGUGAAGAUGUGCUGGUGAUGGCGGCGUUGGCGGCCAAGUGGAAGGAACCACCGAAAGACGCGAUCGACGCGCUCGUCCUGAAUGCGAUCGACCUGCGACCUCUCGACGCGUAUACGUUGGUGGCGCAUCGCCCACUGGACAACACCAAGCGCACCGAAUCGACGGUGCAGCGUCCUGGACCGCACAACCACUCGUCACCACUUCGCCAACUCCACGGCACCGGCAACCAGUCAUCCCAUGGCGCCAAGAACGGCACGACGACGUUCAAGGUCACCAAGGGAGCCCCGCAUGUGUUGUUGGCGCUGUGUUCGAACGGUGAUGCGAUCCGCGAAGCUGUCACGUCCAAAGUGCUCGAACUGGCCAAGCGCGGGCUCCGUUCGAUUGCUGUCGCGCGCACCAGCACCAUCUCUCACGUUGACGCCCUGGAUGAUGCGUCGAAUCCAGGUGGAGUUCACGGCGGAUGGACGUUUCUCGGCCUGAUAACGUUCAUCGACCCACCGCGCCACGACACCAAGCGUACUCUCGAGCUUCUCCACGAACACCACGUUUCGGUCAAGAUGAUCACGGGGGACACGGCUGCCCUUGCUGCCGAGAGCUGCCGCCAGCUGCACCUUGGUCCUGUCGUGCUGACCCCACCGCAGUACCUUGAGCACCCCGAAUACGUGGAAGCGGCGGAUGGGUUUGGGGGCAUGGACGGCCCGGCCAAGGUCAAGCUGGUCCAAUUGAGCCAAGCGGAUGGACAUGUGGUUGGUAUCACGGGCCUCACGGACACGGCCUCGCUUCGUCAAGCAAAUGUCGGGAUCGCCGUUGAUGGCGCAACAGACGCCGCCAAGGCCGCCGCAGACGUUGUGCUGUCCAAGGCUGGGCUGUCGGUGCUGCUCCACGGCAUCGUGUUGGCUCGUCAAGUGUGCCGCCGAAUCCUGACGCACGUGACGUAUCGCGUCGCGUCGGCGGUGCACAUUUUGGCAUUUUUCGUUGUGGCCAUGGUGUUGCUGGUGCCUCCGACGGCGGUGGCAGGACCCCGUUCUCCAGACUCGACCGCGGACAAGACGCAGUGGCCUCGCGUGUUUGCUCUGCCUGUCAUCGCGUUGGUACUGCUGAGUCUAUUCAACGACGGCUUGCUCGCGUCGGUGGCCCCGGUGGACACGGUCGUUGCGUCCCUCCACUCACCGACGUGGCAUCCGCGGCGAUUUGCGGUUCACGUCGGGUCGAUUGCGUUUGUGAGCACUUGCGCGUCGACGUUGUGGCUGACGUGGCUCUUGAAUGCGGCAGCUGUGGACGGCACACCGACCAUCCUGCGACGCGUCGGCCUGGUCGACUCGCUUUCGUAUGGCCAAGUCCAAAUGGCCGUGUACCUUCACUUAGCCCUGUCGGACGUGGGCUUGUUCUACUCAGCCCGAGCAGGGAACGGUGCGCUGGCAUGUCUGGACUGUCCUGGAAAGAGCCUCGGCCUAGCGACUGCGCUUGCCGCGUCGUCGGCGACGCUGUUGGCGCUCUUCUGGCCGUUCCAGACCAUGCAGCGCGUGUCGGAGGGCGUGGUGCUUGCCACGUGGGUGUUUGCUCUGAUUGGGUUUGCCGUCCAAGAGCUGUUCAAGGUGGCGGCGAUGGCGUGCAUGGAACGUGUGAUGCCUGUGGCCGACAACUCGGCCGAAUGGCAUCGUCGCAACCGUCUCGUGCUCCACCAGGACCCGAACCAAGCUCGCCGGGGAGACGGACAUCCCUCGCUCAGUCUGGACACUGCCGUCGACCGGUUGGCGCGAUUGGAUAUCGAACUCAAAGCACUUCGAUCGGUGCUGCAUGCUGCGUCGGCUAGUACACAUUGACUGACGCCUUUGUAAUUGAAGUUGUCCAGGAGUUUGUACUCGCGAUCUGUUGCCGA